CCUCCUCUGGCCCCCCGAGUCCCGGCCAUUUUCGUCCCGCAGCCGCUUUUCACUCUCGCUCGUCUUUCACCCACUUUCUGUCUCGUGGGCGCCCCCCGGGACUCGAGCCCCCGAAGGGGAGAAGAAUAGGCCGGGUCUCCCCUCCCGCCCCUAGGCCCCCACUCCAUGAGGGUUUUUCACACCGCGAUGACCCGGCCCGGCCUCGGGGAGCCCCGGUACAUCGCCGUGGGCUACGUGGACGACACGCAGUUCGGGCGGUUCGACAGCGACUCCCCAGGCCAGAGCGCGGAGCCGCGGGCGCCCUGGGCGGAGAGCUUGGGGCAGGAGGAGCGGGACGAGGAGACUUGGCACCAAAGGGACAACAUACUAUGGUACGGAGCGCAGCUGGACACCCUGCGCGGCCUCUACAACCAGAGCGAGACCGGCUCUCACACCCUCCAGAGGAUGUCUGGCUGCGACAUGGGGCCCGACGGGCGCCUCCUCCGCGCGUACAGACAGUUCGCCUAUGACGGCGCCGAUUACCUGGCCCUGAACGGGGACCUGCGCUCCUGGACCGCGGUGGACACGGCCGCUCAGAUCACCCAGCGCGAGUGGGAGGCCCGGGGUGAGGCAGAGAAAUUCAGGAACUAUGCGGAGGGCAAGUGCUUGAGGUGGCUGCGCACAUUCCUGGCGCACGGGAAGGAGACUCUGCAGCGCACGGAUCCCCCAAAAACACGCAUGACCCACCACCCCACUUCUGAGCAUGAGGUCACCCUGAAGUGCUGGGCCCUGGGCUUCUACCCUGCGGACAUCACCCUAACCUGGCAGCGAGAUGGGGAGGACCUGACCCAGGAGAUGGAGCUGGUGGAGACCAGGCCUGGGGGAGAUGGAACUUUCCAGAAGUGGGCGGCUAUGGUGGUGCCUUCUGGAGAGGAGCAGAGAUACACGUGCCACGCGCAGCAUGAGGGGCUGUUGGAGCCCCAAGUCCUGAGAUGGGUGCCCCCUCCUCAGUCCUCCAUCCCUACCUUUGGCAUCAUUGCUGGCCUGGUUCUUCUUGGAGCUGUGCUCACUGGAGCUGCAGUGGCUGCAGCUGUGAUGUGGAGGAAGAAGCACUCAGGAGGACAAGGAGGAAGCUACAGUCAGGCUGCAGGCAACGACAGUGUCCAGGGCUCUGAUGUGUCUCUCAGCCCCUAAGGAUCUUUUACAAUGAACCCGAUGAGGCUCCUGUUGUGCACACCCUAGGCAGCAGGGCGAUGAUGUCACUGUUGUUCUUAACUGUGAUAUUGAGCAUUUGUUCAUAUUUUUACUUUUCUAUGACUACAGUUGCUGUUUGUAUGGAAGUUUUGUACAUUUUUAUAGAGGAAGUGCUAUCUAUUUAUUUAUUACACUAUUUUGUCCUUAUUAAUAUUAGGUUAUUUCUUUCUGAUCAUUGAGUUUUAGGCAUUAUGUGUAGAUACAGUCCUUUAUCAGAUUCGUGACUUGCAAAUGUUUCCCCCCCACACUGUGACCUGAACUCCUUUACUGAUGGGAAAACAAACACUAUUGCCCAGACAGGAGCAUGGAGAUUAAAAAAACAUAGACACACACACACAUAUAUAUGCGUGUGUGUGUGUGUAUAUGUGUGUGUGUGUAUUUUUUUUUUUUAGAAGAGAAAAGAUAAAUUGCUAACUGGUUUUGAGCAGAUACUGGCUCACUGGGGUGUUGGGGGUGGAGGGGAAUGACUUAUGCAUAUCCUUGAGUGUUAUUUAAAUGUCCUUGUAUGAGCAUGAAAUAUGCUUUCUAAAGUAAAUUACACUUCAUUCCUCAAGUUAUAAAACUCUUCACACAUCAUGACCAAAUCAUGUGUUAAGACCAGACUGACAUGUGGGUUACAAGUGAUGAACCCGCACAUCAUAGUUACAAAGUCAUGGUUUCCCUUUGGGUUCACUCUGGUGUUGUCAGUUCUCAGGGUGUUGAACAAAUGUAUUAUGUGUAGAUACAGUCCUUUAUCAGAUUCGUGAUUUGCAAAUGUUUCCCCCCACACUGUGACCUGAACUCCUUUACUGAUGGGAAAACAAACACUAUUGCCCAGACAAUACCUGUGUCCAUCAUGAGAAUAUCAUGCAGAAUAUUUUCACUGCCCCUAAUGUCUUCUGUGCUCCAAGGAAGCAAAAGCAAAAAAAAAAAUGGAAUCACAUCAGACUAAAAAGCUUCUAUGUAGUGAAGGAAACUAUCGUUAAAAUGAAAAGACAAUAUCAAAUCGGAGAAACUAUUUGCACAUCAUCAAUCCAACAAGAAGUUAAUAUCCAAAAUCUACAAAGAAUUCCAAAACAAGAAAAAAACUCAAAGCAGGGCAGAGGAGCUAAAUAGGUACUUUUCUAAAGAAGACAGACAUGUGGCCAAUAGGAUAAAUGUUUGUCAUCAUGUGCUGUCAGGAAAAUGCCAAUUAAGACCACAAGGAGUUACCACCUCACACUGUGAGAAUGACCCACUGAAGGGUGUGGAGGAAAAGGAACUCUGGCACAUGGUGGGUGGGAAUGAUGUCUGAUCCUGUUAGCAGGCUGAAUGAGGGGUUCCCUGUACCCUCAAAACUACACAGUCUACAUGGGGUCUGCCAUCAGCUGCAUAAAGACAAAACAUAAUCUAAAGUGUAAGACCUUCAAUAGAAAAGAACUUUAAUACAAUUAGUAUAAAAUAGAGAAUCAGUGUGCAAUAGAGAGAGAGAGAAGAGAAAGAAUAUAGUUAGAAUAGUUCCCAAGUGAAGCAUCCAAAGUUACCUGUCCCCUCAUGGGUAAGUGCCCAGCCAAACAGGCUUGCCCAAAGCAGGCCCACUGAGGCCCGAAGGCCUGCCACAAGGCUAAAGCACCUACUGGUAGAGACCCAUGGGACAGGGCAGGAGGGGCCAGGCAAGUCUGGAAGGACAAGAGCAAAAUAAAAAUCCACAUCAAGAUAACAGCUGCCAUUGUCAGCUUCCCCAUGGGCCUCCCACCCACAUCUUUGUCUCUUUCAUGUGUCUCUUUCCAUGUCCUCAAUUCCCUGGCACAAGUCCACGUCUGAGGAACAAGCCUGGCUUCUUCUUCACAUGUCUCUCUCUCCAUGCUCCUCCUCCAGUCUUCUUUCUGCAUCUCACUCCACAUCUUCCUCCUCUUCCUUAGCUUCUCAUCCCUGCUCAGCCCCACCUUUCCUUGGGUGGGGCGGUAACCUGGAACCUUUCUUUUCUAUGGAUAGCACAAAGGUCCUGCUACUAUAGGAAAAAAAAAAAGAAGGUUCCUCAAAAUGGUCAAGCAUCCCAUUCCUUGGUAUUUAUCCAAAGAAGGUAAAAACACUAAUUCUGAGGAAUAUGCGCCUCCUCUGGUCACUGCAGCACUGUCCACCAUAACCAAGCUAUGGAGACAAUGUAAGUGCCGAACGGCAGAUGAGGGGAUAAAGAACACAAGCUAUAUGCACAAUGGAAUACUAUUUGGCUGUGAAAAAGAUGAAAUAUUGAAUUUGCAACAACAUGGAUAGAUAUGGAUGGGAUUAUGCUAAGUGAAAUAAGUUUGAAGGAGAAAGUUAAAUACUGGAUGAUUUCAUUCAUAUUUGGAAUGUAAGGAAACAGAGCAGGGACAGACUAAACCAAAACAUAAACUAAAUCAAAACAUACUCUAUAUACAUGACUGCAGAGUUGAAGCUAUGGGCUGGGGUAAGAGUAGGAAACAAAGUAGGAAGAGGGCCAAUGGACUAUGGUGAAGACUAUGCGUGCCCUUAGGGUGGGUGUGAUGUGGUAACAAACAUCUGAAGAGGCUUGACCCUUGUCUCUGAACACAUACAGUGUGUAAACCAAUGCUAAUCUCAACUGAAUAAUACAAUGAGGGGAAAAAUAAAAAAAGUAAAUUAUCUCCUCUCUCAGUCACUGACCUCUGGACUUUGCCUUCGCCUCCUCACUGUCAUGCAGGCUGAGGGGCUGUUUUCCCACAAGGUCAGAGGCAGGAGGUGCAGGGAUUUCUGGGGCUGCUCAAACCCCGCUGAGUAGAGACACUGCAGAGAGGGCGGCUCUGAGAGGAAGAGAGACAGAGGGUCAGAGUAAUCCCAGUGCUGAGUUGAGGAUCUGGUUCCCAAGAAGAGGGGAGUGCAUGUGUGCAUGUGUGUGUGUGUGUGUGUGUGUGUGUAACAGGAAUGAAGGAUACACAACAUAAGAUGAUGGGAAGUCAAUUAACAUCAAGCCCCGGAAUAAAUUAAUUCAAAUCACAUACAGAGUAAAGAGUGUACCUCAAUAAAUACAGUUCCAUGGAGAAGCAGCUUCUGAGUAGGACUGAAAAAGCAUUGGACCUGAAGAAGAGGAGGAGGUUUAGAAAUAUCUCAUGGUUGGCUUGAGGUGUAAAGAGCUGGGCAAUACCCCUCCCCCCACCCUGGCCCCUGCUGGAUGUGGUGGCAUCUUCACCCCUGACAGCUCCCUCCCCCAAACCUAAACAUUCAUCUCCUUUGGAGACACCUGUAUAUGUACAUAUAUGUAUAUGUGUAAUCCCAGCUUCUUCUUAAUCUCCCACCUGUCUGGGGCAUUUAGGUGGUUCCCAUAGCUUGGCUACUGUAAAUAGUUCUGCAGUGGUGACGGGAGAGCAGGGUCCCUUCACAGGAGAGUAUUUAUCCUCUGUGAGGAGAUCCUCAGAGUGGAAUUGCUGGGUCCAAAGGCAGAACCACAUUUACUCCUUUAAGAAACCUCAAUACUGUUUCCAUAAGGGCUGGCUCAGUCUAUAUCCAAAAACAGUGCAGGACUGUCCCCUUUUUUCCAUAUCCUUGCCAGCACUUGAGUUUCUGGUCUUUUGGACAUGGGCCAUUCUCACAGUGUGAAUUGAUUUAAACCAGGGGAUCAUAAAGGCACAAAAUGUGGGCAAAAAGAAAUCCUGUAACACUCAGGCCAACACAAGGCUGUCUCACACUGUGAAAGAAAAUAAUCAUGAAGAAAUUCAGGUGAAUGACCUGAGUGUUAACAUUAUCAAUGGUCCACUGCAUUCUCAAGAUGUCCCUGAAAGCAUCCCCAUCACCUAGUGCCAGCCUCUCUGCCUCAACCCCCACCCCCACUGCAGUCCUCCAGGGUCUCACCUUUAGGGGCUGAGAUACACUUCUUAGCACUGGGACUAUGGCUGCCUGGGGGAGAACACAACAAAGCUUGGUCAGAGAUGAGACCACGGGAGGAACUGAUGAGUGUAACUUCCCCAUGGGCUCCAACUACACUGUCCCCAGGGGCUCAGGGAUCCAACCCCUGAUCCACUCUUACCUGCAGCCUGAGUGUAGUUUCCUCCUUGUCCUCCUGUGGGAAGAAGCAUCAUGUGAGACCAGGAAGGAGUCAGGUCAGAAGCAUCAUGUGAGACCAGGAAGGAGUCAGGUCAGAAGCUUAAAAGAAUCUUCUAAUCCUGUACCACAGGGAAGUUUCCAGAACUGUGAGUAAAGUCCCAGGUCAGGACUGGGAAAAAUGAAGAAAGGAGGUGAGGGGGGACUGGACCAAAUGCCCUCUGGGCAACACCCGUGUGUGUGGAUGGUACUUCCCAUUAACCAGGCAGGGCAAGUUCUCCCUGGGAUGUGAAAGCUCUCAGUGGACAAGAUCCCCCACUCCCUUCCCUACCUGAGCACUUCUUCUAUACCCUCACACAUAAAGCUACCUUUAGUGUAAUCAGCACACCUACAAAGAAAACUGAGCUGGAAAUGAGGACCAUGGCAAGGAUGGAGAACUGAGAACUCCUGGAAAGGAGCAGAGACACACAUGCCCUGUGCAGUAUGAGGGGCUGCUGGAGCCCCAAGUCCUGAGAAGGGGUAAGGAGGGGGAUGUGGGCACACGGCUGACUCAGGGGCAUCAGAAGCCCUUCUAGAAACCUUCAGAGGGUCAGAUUGAGGCCUCAGGUUCAGGGUCUGACAUUCCCUUCCCUUCCAGUGCCACCUCCACAGCUGCCCACUUCUGGAAGUUUCCAUUCCCCCCUCCCUGGUCUGGAGUUCACCAGCUCUGUGUGCUGGGUCAGGUCCUCCCCAUCUCGCUGCCAGGUCAGCGUGAUGUCCGCAGGGUAGAAGCUCAGGGCCCAACACCUCAGGGUGACCUCAUGCUCAGAGAUGGGGUGAUGGGUCAUGUAUGGUGAUUGGGGGGCCUGAGUAGGAAGAAUCAGAAAUUUCAUGCUUUGUGUUUCCUCCAUGGACACUGAAGCAGCCUCAUGUGACCAUCCUCCAGUGGACAGAACAGUAUGCUUGGAGGGAGGAGCACA